CGUUUCACUUCCCCUUCUCGUGUGUCGAUUAGGCGGCGACUCCACAUCUCGCCCCAAAGCCUCGUCUUCUCUUUCUCUUCAUCUCUAAUGGACGAUGCCGCCGCCUUCUCCUCUUCCUCCGCUCCUUCCGCCGAAUUCGGAGCCCACCAAACCCUAAUCCCACCGCCUCCCACUCAUCCACCGCCCCCUCCUCCCCCCUCGCACGAAACCCUAGAUCACGGGUUCCCUCCCCCUCCACCUCCCGAAACCGUCGCUGAUCCUUACCAAUAUCAUGCCCUCGAUCCGCAAACCCUAGCCAAGGAUUUGCAUCCGAAUGGCCCGCUUUCGAAGCCCGACGAGCGGCCGGUGAUCUCCGGAAACGCCGUCACCCACAGCGGCACCGACAAGGACUGCUCCGGCGGGGAGGAGGAGGCCAGCAGUCGCCGCCGACGCCGGCGCAGCCGGUGGGACCCCCCUCCGUCCGAGGGUGACCAGAACGGCGGCGGCGACGGGGCCGGUGACGGCAGUGGUACUGGGAGGAAGAGGAAGUCCCGAUGGGCGGAGGAGGAGCCCAAGCCCACCGUCCAGCUCCCGGACUUCAUGAAGGAGUUCACCGCGGACCUUGAUCCUGAGGUCCAGGCCCUAAAUUUUAGGCUUCUUGAGAUCAGCCGUCGGUUACAAUCGAAUUUGCCUCUGGAUGACCGCCCUGAGGGUGCUCGCUCGCCGUCCCCCGAGCCCAUCUAUGAUAAUAUGGGAAUCCGGAUUAAUACCCGCGAGUACCGUGCCCGUGAGCGGCUCAAUAAAGAACGGCAAGAGAUCAUCUCUCAGCUCAUCCAGCGGAAUCCAGCGUUCCGACCUCCAGCAGACUACCGGCCUCCCAAGCUGCAGAAGAAGCUUUAUAUCCCCAUGAAGGAGUAUCCAGGCUACAACUUCAUUGGCCUCAUCAUUGGUCCACGAGGGAACACGCAGAAAAGGAUGGAGAAGGAGACUGGUGCCAAGAUCGUUAUCCGUGGUAAAGGGUCUAUAAAGGAGGGCAAAUUGCUGCAGAAGAGGGAUUACAAGCCCGACCCUGCAGAGAACGAAGAUUUACACGUGCUGGUGGAAGCUGAGACACAGGAAUCACUCGAGGCUGCUUCUGCCAUGAUUGAGAAGCUUCUGCAGCCUGUCGAUGAAGUGCUGAAUGAACAUAAGAGGCAGCAGCUGAGGGAACUCGCAGCCCUGAAUGGAACUAUCAGAGAUGAGGAGUUCUGUAGGUUGUGCGGUGAGCCCGGGCACCGGCAGUAUGCUUGUCCUGCACGUACCUCAACAUUUAAGAGUGACGUUCUGUGUAAAAUCUGUGGUGAUGGAGGACAUCCCACGAUUGACUGCCCCAUGAAAGGAGCUGGCAAGAAGAUGGAUGAUGAAUACCAGAACUUCUUAGCUGAACUUGGUGGUGCUGCUCCAGAGUCCUCCACUAAGCAGAACAUUGCAUUGCCGCUUCUUGGUUCAAGCACUUCUGGGAGCAAUCCUAGUGGUGCACAAGGAAACCUGAUUAAGAAGGAGAUCGAUGAUACAAAUCUUUAUAUUGGGUACUUACCUCCUACUUUUGAUGAUGAUAGCUUGAUUAGAUUGUUCUCGCCCUUCGGUGAUAUUGUGAUGGCAAAGGUUAUCAAGGAUCGAGUCUCUAGUCUAAGCAAAGGUUAUGGUUUUGUGAAGUACUCUGAUGUAUCUAUGGCCAAUCAAGCAAUAGCUAGUAUGAAUGGUUAUCAUCUAGAAGGAAGAGUUAUAGCUGUUAGAGUGGCUGGGAAGCCAGCACAGCCAACGGUACCCCCAGGUCCUCCAGCUCCCCCUGCCUCAGCAGGUGGAUAUCCUUCUCAGCAGUAUAUUCCUGGUGGACCCAUUGUAAACGCCCCACCUCCACCGGGAAGUUAUGCCCCGGUCCCUUGGGGUCCACCAGUUCCCCCUCCAUAUGCUCCCUAUGUCCCCCCACCACCUGGUUCUAGCAUGUACACUCCAAUUCAAGGUCAGCCACUGCCUCCUUAUGCAAUGCAGUAUCCACCUCAGCAACAAGCUGCUCCUCCUGGUGUGCCAAUGCAAAAUACACCUUCUAGUGAAGCAAUGCAAAACCUUCCUCCUGGAGUGCAGCCACAGAGUGCUAGUACAGUUACUCCACCUGUACCAAGCGACAUCUAUGGUACUGGUUCAGUACCAGGAGUUGUUCCAGCCAUUGCUCCACCAUCAUUUUCUCCUGCUACUUAUGGAUAUCCACCUUACUAUGCUCCAGUUGUGCCACCUGUUCCACCUCCCAGUUUCGAUCCUUCGCUGAGCAUUGGAAAUGUACCAUGGGUCACGAACACGACACAGCCCCAGCCUGUAUCUUCUGCAGAACAAUCAACUACUCGUGGAUCAGAUGUGGAGUAUGAGAAGUUAAUGUCAGAGUUGAAAUGAUGCUGCCAUGCUAUUUUUUUUCUUUCAAGGCUUGUGGUUUCUUGGAGCUAAAGUCCUGAUUUAUUUCUAUUGCUAUGACUUCAACUAGUUGGACGUUUGGAACUCACAUGUUAAUCUUGCUGUAGUGUACUGAUAAUUGCAGAGACCACCGGGCUAGAUGGGCUUAGCAUAUUGGAUGGAUCAAGAAAACUUUGUAAUUGAUUUCUCUUUUGCCUAACCGUGCUCUUAUCCAGCAGGACAAUGGUUCUAUAUGCAUUAUGGAGGGCACUCGUGCAAUUAUCCUAGUUUCUUCUAUGUCUGUUUCUUAUAUGACAGCUUCAGAAAUACCUUUUUUGAUAAAUUUGUGAUGUUCAAAUUUGCAUCUGGGACUAA